AGUGCGAAAGCCUUAUCAGUAGUGCGGUGUCCACGCUCCUGGCUGCACGCUCUCCUCAACGCUCCAGGUUAUCGUACCAGUGUGAAGGACAAGCAGAAGUCAAAGAUACGAAGAUAAAGGCUUAUUAGAAAAUUUAAGAACGCGAGGCUUCUCAAGAUGGCGAGGCUACAGAUGUGCUUGGUAGUACUGUGGUGUUUAUCAGUGGUUCAAGUGGCCCCGGGCAAGAAGCAAUGCCUGAAACGACCUGAGCACAAACGAAGACUUCAUGAACUGAAAGACAUCAUGUGUUUAACUCCAAAAGAUGCCCUUGUACCCCUGCCUGUACCCGACGGUUUGGACUGGGUGUACCCUGGGGUUUGGAAGGUGAAGAGGUGCUCAGGACAACUGUGCAUCAAGACCAACGAACACUGUGCAGCUGUAGCUGCCAAAAACCUCACUAUCAAGGUUGAGGGCAUGAAGCUGAAUAACAUUAUGGAGAAAAUUUGCACUCAAGUGACGGUUGAGGAGCACACAGAAUGUGGGUGCAUGUGCACUAAGAGCCAGAGUUCCUGUCGUCAAAAUGAGGUGUUUAGUGAGGCCAUGUGUGAGUGCCUCUGCAGUCCGGAGGUGAAGAACAAGUGCCUGGCACGCAUGGAGAUGUUCCCUGGCACUUGUAUGUGGGAUCCAAGAACUUGCACCUGCCCUUGUAACAGGGUCAUUCCCUGUGGCACUGGCCAGGUGUGGGUGCCGGAGAUGUGCAGCUGUUUGAAUGUAAUGGAGGAUAAUGGCGUGAUGAUGCUGUCCGCGCGUGUCUAGAUGGCUCCUUCAGCACGUCCUCACCCUAAGCACUGUGACCCCAAGCACAGUGACCCCAAGCACAGUGGCGCCAAGCACAGUGUCCCCAAGCACAGUGGUGCCAAGCACAGUGACCCCAAGCACAGUGGCGUGAAGCACAGUGGUGUCAUUCAAGAACCAGGGGGCAAGAACUAUCAAUCUCCAGCAAUUGUGAACCUCUGGAAAAACGCGCGAUAAAUUAUACUAAUAUUGUUUUUAAGAUUUCAUCGAUGGUACUAAUAUAGUCUUUAAGACUUCAUCAAUGGUACUAAUAUAGUCUUUAAGACUUCAUCAAUGGUACUAAUAUAGUCUUUAAGACUUCAUCAAUGGUACUAAUAUAGUCUUUUAAGACUUCAUCAAUGGUACUAAUAUAAUCUUUAAGACUUCAUCAAUGGCACUAAUAUAAUCUUUAAGACUUCAUCAAUGGUGCCUCUCAAUUUAUUGUUUCAUGAAACUAAUUAUAUGACGAUUUUUGUAAUAUUAAAAAUUUAGCUCAAAAGCA